UGAAGUUGCUAAUGCUAAUGAUGCUAAUUAAACACGGAGCCCAGGUGUGUUGAUCCCCAGCUCUCCCGCAGCUCCUCUCCUGCCUUUUGACAUUCACAUUACAACAUAACGUGAACAAUUAACAGGAGAUUAUUAAGUCUAUCAUAUGUUCGGAUUACUCGUUAAAAUGAAGGUACCAGAGGAGGAACUGAUGAGCGACAUCUUGAAGCGGCUAACGGGCGAGUCUGCCCUCCCCGCGUACAGCGACAUUGAGAAGUUUAAACUAGGAAAGGAAGGCUUAUACUUCGUAGCCGAGGAGUACGUUGAAACUGUGAAGAAAAGAGAAUUGGUCAACGCCAAGGAGCGACUGAGAAUCAGGAACUUGAACACAAUGUUCUCCCGCUUGAAGCGCAUGGUGCCACUAAUGCGACCAGACCGAAAGCCCAGUAAAGUGGACACACUCAAAGCUGCGACGGAAUACAUUCGAUUGCUUCUUGCUGUUUUGCAGGAUGCAGACAGUGAUGAUGGCAGUGGGACUGAUUUCCUAAAGAAUGCAAUCACUUAUGGCCAGACUGACUGCUUGGGUAAUGACCUGUGGAGAAUGGAUGAUUUGCUGAACAUGUCAGAGGAGCGCAUGGAAGAUGGAUUCAUCAUGCCCCCAGAACCACUAACUGAGGACGGAGAUAUGACCCGACUGAUGUUGCAACAUUGUGUGAUGCCUGCUUACCAGUUCAUCAUCCAAGUAGCCCCUGAUCAGACUUUGAUGUCUCAACCCUAGAGCAGAUGACUUGGACCAAUAUUGGAAACCUCAGGCGCCUGGUGAAGAAAGGAUUGUUCAUGAAGAAAAUGCAAUUUUAUUUGUCUUGUUUAAUUUAACUUUUGAAAAUAUAAAUUUAGUUUGAGUCAAUAUGAAUGUUUUUGUUAACCGUAUCCUUGGCAGCCCUUAAAUAAAAUGUACGAGACGCUUCUGUUUUUAACAUUUCUCUCUGACGAGGUUUGUUGUUUUUCUGUCGUAAGUCUUAUAGAUGCCGUCUCAUGCGAUAUCAACAAUUCAUGUUACCAGGUGUUAUAAAUAUGAAUGUAUCAGCCGUCAUGAAAUGUCCUUUGAGAGGAGACAUGUUUAGUUACAUCUCUGGCUCUCAUUGGUUGAUUUAAUAUACAAGUUUAUAUAUAAUUGAAUGUUGUGGGCUCAUGUCAAAAGCUUUAAUUUAAUGUUUAAUGUUGUAAUGACCCUUUGUACCUGGUGUUUUCAUAAAUACUAAGCUACAAGUGAAAGUCCUGCAUUCAAAACAUUUUACUAAAGUAGAAACACUAAAGUAUUGGUAUCAAAAUAAACUUAAACUACUCAUUCUGCACAAAGGCCCAUUUCAGGGUAAUAUGUUUUAUAUUUAAUUAUUA